AAAAUUUUCCACAAAAAAAUAAUGCUCCAAAAAAUUCUGCCGCGGGGCCUUCGUCCACACGGCAAUGCCCGCGACCAGAGUGUGACCGCCACUCCCCUGCUCUCCAAUUUUGACUUGACUCUCUCUCUCUCUCUCUCUCUCUCUCUCUCUCUCUCUCCACAAAACCAAACCUUUUCUUUUGAGAACUUUUAUCUUCUGAUUUUAGCUUCAAGAGUUUCUUCUGCCUUUCUUUCUGUUUCAGUUUCUCCUAUGGCCAUGGCUCCUCUCCUCUCUCUGGCUUUCCUUCUCUCCAUCCUCUGUUCCCUCUCCCCUGCCCUCUCUACCAAUUCCGAAGGAAAUGCUCUCCAUGCCCUGAGAACCAGGCUCUCCGACCCCACCAAUGUUUUGCAGAGCUGGGACCCGACUCUGGUUAAUCCCUGCACCUGGUUCCAUGUCACCUGCGACUCCAGCAACCAUGUCGUUCGCCUGGAUUUGGGUAAUUCUAAUAUUUCUGGGACUUUGGGGCCAGAGCUUGGAGAGCUCAAGCAUCUUCAGUACUUGGAACUUUAUAGGAAUGACAUAGGAGGGAAAAUCCCUAAAGAGUUUGGUAAUUUGAAGAACCUCAUCAGCAUGGAUCUAUACGGCAACAGAUUUGAAGGAGAGAUCCCUAAGUCUCUUGCAAAAUUGAAGUCACUCAGAUUUCUACGUUUAAACAACAACAGACUAACUGGUUCGAUCCCAAGGGAACUCACUGCACUUACUAAUCUCAAAGUCUUUGAUGUUUCUAAUAAUGAUCUGUGUGGCACUAUUCCGGUAGAUGGCCCAUUCGGAAGUUUCUCAAUGGAAAGUUUCGUAAACAAUCGGCUAAAUGGACCGGAGCUGAAAGGGCUGGUACCCUAUGACUUUGGAUGCUGAAGUCCCCAAACUCCAAAUCCUCUCGCAGGUUUUGAUGAUGAAGCUUAAUUAUUAAAUUAUAGAUUGCAGAUUUAUGUGCCCCUUGGUUAUAUGUAUACAUCUAUAAAAUUAAGCAGUGCAAACUGUUCUUCUGUGAUGGAUAUACAUCAUAUAUGAGAAUUAGCAAUGAAAAGAACCAUUCUUUUA